AAAAGGCAUAAUCGUUUUUCACCAAAACUCCAUACAAUUGUGUGGGAUGGUAGAUUGAGGGAAGUUUUACAUCAGGUUGAGGAUGCUGUCGUUGGGCUCGAUGUUGAUAACAUUGGCCGAGCAAUCUUCCCAACACCAUUGCCUCUUCCAGUUAUGAAUUUUCAUCUGGCUUCAUGUUGAUGAAUGAUGAUGCAAGACUACUCAAUUCAGCCCAUCUUUUUUCUUUGUGUGUGUGGAAUAACACUGAUAUCUCUGUGUCAUGUCGUUUGGUUGAACAUUGAAUUACGGUGACCGAUCACUUGUUAUCUACUCGGUUGAUUCAGCGUUGUUGGAAGGUGGUUAAGAUUGGGUCGUUGGUCAUUUAGGCAGAGGAAAAAAAGUUCAAUUUACUAAAAAGUACAUUAUCCUUUUUUGUGUGGCUGAGAAAACAUGUAGCUUAAAUUGAAAGAGACAGGCACUUUAUGUAAGAGAACUAAAGACUUUAGGAAUGAGUUGUUCUUAUUUAAAGUUAUGGGCACUUCUGUUUGUUUUUUGAAUUUGAGUUCAUGUCCAAGGCUUAGGUUGUCUACGUUCAGGAUUUUAAGUUCAGCAGAAAUUGGUGUGUCGAGAAGACAAGUCUUGGAACAAGUUGAUAAGGAGCUGAGCAAGGGAGAUGAGAGGGCUGCUCUCUCUCUUGUCAAGGACUUGCAAGGAAAGCCUGGUGGCCUUCGAUGUUUUGCUGCUGCUCGUCAGGUUCCCCAAAGACUCUACACCUUGGACGAAUUGAGAUUGAAUGGAAUAGAAACCGCAUCUCUUCUAUCACCAGUUGAUUCAACUCUGGGUUCAAUAGAAAGGAACCUGCAACUUGCUGCUAUCUUAGGAGGGGUUGCGGCUUGGAAUGUUUUUAGUUUUAACCAACAGCAAAUCCUGUUUAUUUCUUUGGGAUUCUUGUUUCUCUGGACACUAGACUUGGUUUCAUUCAAUGGAGGAAUUGGCAGCUUGGUCCUUGACACAAUUGGUCACGCUUUCAGUCAAAAGUACCACAACAGGGUUAUUCAACAUGAAGCUGGUCAUUUCUUGAUCGCAUACCUGGUGGGCAUCCUUCCUAGAGGAUAUACAUUAACUAGUUUGGAAGCUUUAAAGAAAGAAGGAUCGCUCAAUAUUCAAGCAGGAACAGCCUUUGUCGAUUUUGAGUUUCUCGAGGAAGUCAAUGCAGGGAAAGUAUCAGCUACGACACUGAACAGAUUCUCAUGCAUAGCACUAGCAGGUGUGGCAACCGAAUAUCUGUUAUUCGGAUACGCUGAGGGAGGCCUUGCUGAUAUAAACAAGUUGGAUGGAUUGCUCAAAGGCUUGGGAUUCUCACAAAAGAAAGCAGAUUCCCAAGUUAGGUGGGCUGUACUUAACACCAUACUACUAUUGCGUCGCCAUGAAGCAGCUCGAUCUAAACUUGCAGAGGCGAUGUCCCUGGGAAAAACUGUGGGGUCUUGCAUUGACAUUAUAGAGGAUAAUGUCAAUAAUGCUGACAUAUAGUUGCCUCUAGCUUUACUGGCUAACCUUUUUUUGUUCAGUUUUGUCAUUUCUUUUUUCACUUGUUUUAUGUACACAGAAAUGAGUCUGUUGCUCAUAAGUUUCAAGUUCUAAUGACUGAAGUUCAAGGAUGCAAUGAUAACCUUCAGAUGGUGCUUACAAUGUUCAGAAUAGAAAAUAUUUACCGGUAAUUAAAUUACAGGGACGAUGUACAUUGGAGAAAAUUUCUUCAUAUUCUAAUUCUUUUUAUUUGUCAGUCAAGUUCGUGUAGUAAUAAACGGUGAGCUUUUAUGCCCUGAAGUCAGACCCAUGAAAGUUCUUUGACAAUGGAUCCGUUUGUUAAAAGAAAAAAAAGUAAUGGUCAACGGAAAUAA